UAGUGGAAAAUUUUGACAAAAUUAUUCCAGAAUUCAACGGAGAAAAUAUGUCGGUACAGCAGUGGUUUAUUAACUUCGAGCUAAACGCUGAAGCAUACGGACUAAAUGACAAAAAAAAAAAAAACGUGCAAGCCCGAGCAAAAAUGACAGGUACAGCCGCUCUUUUUCUCGAGUCCACAGCAGUGUAUAAGUACGGCCAAUUGCGUCACCAACUUUUACAGGAGUUUGAGUGUGAGCGUUUAUGCAGUGCGCAAAUUCACAAUCAAUUGUCUAUGCGAGUGAAGAUUGCCGGCGAAAGUUUUCACGAAUACAUAUAUAUGUACUACAGAUGAAACGCAUUGCUGCACGUGGGACAACAGACACGGAGUCGGUGAUUCGAUACAUUGUCGACGGACUGAAUGUAAAAACGGAUUAUAAGUACACCUUAUAUGGAUGCAGCUCAUACAAGCAGAUGCGAGAGAAGUACGAAAUCUACGAAAGAACGCUCGCGGUGGAUGGGGGCUUGGCCCCGAAACAAAAAGACGAAACACAGCCGUUCGGAAAGAAGUCCAAUUUCACCAAAUAUGAAAGGAAGCAACACUGCUACAAUUGUGGAUCCCAGGAGCAUCUACGCAAGGAUUGCCGAGCUGCAUUAAAGUGUUUCCGCUGCAAUCAGACUGGACACAUGUCUAAGGAUUGCCCGAGUGCUGCUGCCGUAAACGUUGCAUACGAGGAAAAACGCCUGAAGUCUCUUAAAAUUAACGACGUGCAAGUCAAGGGGCUCAUAGACACCGGUGCAGAUGUUUCCCUAUUAAAGAUGUCAGUGCUCGGCAAAAUGAGUGGUAUCCAUCUGCAAGCCAGUUCGUCAACUUUGAGGGGACUUGGAAACAACAUCACACGCUCCGCUGGGCAGUUUACGGCAGAAGUGGAGAUCGACGGAAUGCGACUGGCACACAAAUUCCUUGUGGUGGCCGAUCAUGCCGUCGGAUGCGAAUUGUUGCUUGGACACGACUUUAUAUCCAAGUUCACAAUGACAUCAACGCCAGGAGGAUAUAAGUUUUCUCCCCUGCCGGGGGAGGAAACUGAGGACACCAAACAGAUAAAUAUUUACAACGUGGUCGAAGCAAAUACUGACAUAAACAUUCCAUCGCAGUUCAGAGAUGCCGUCCAAUCAAUGAUUCAGGACUUUACUGAAAAGAAGCAGACUGCAGUGUGCCCGAUCAUGCUGAAGAUCGUACCGGACGAGAAAAUAGCGCCGUUUCGACAUUCGCCAAGUUGAGUGGCCAUCAGCGAAGCCGACGUUGUCAAGCAGCAGAUCGAUGAAUGGGCCAACGCUGGGAUAAUACGACGCUCAUCAUCAAAUUUCGCCAGUCGGACUGUAAUUGUCAAGAAAAAGGAUGGGAGCAGCUGGAUCUGCGUGGACUAUCGUCAGUUGAACAAGAUGGUCUUGAAAGAUUGCUUUCCCGUUCCAGUCGUUGAAGAGGUGCUGGAAAAACUGGAAAAUGCUAAGGUGUUCACCAUCAUGGACUUAGAAAAUGGGUUUUUCCACGUUCCUGUGGAAGAAAGCAGCAAAAAAUAUACGGCGUUCAUAACGAAGGAAGGGCUCUUUGAGUUCAACCGUGCGCCUUUCGGUUUUUGCAAUUCGCCAGCAGUUUUCAUCCGUUUUAUAAGUUUUGUAUUUCAAAACCUUAUAAAUGAAAACAUUCUUGACCUGUACAUGGACGAUAUCGUUUUACACGCUGAAACCGCCGACGAAUGCCUGGGAAAGCUGAAGAAGGUUUUUGAUGCAGCAGCUGAAUACGGGCUGAAGAUAAAGAGGAAGAAGUGCCGAUUUCUGCAGUCGACCAUUACAUUUUUGGGUCAUCAAGUUGGAGGAGGGGAAAUCAAGCCUGAAUUGGAGAAAACCAAAGCCGUCAGCAAGUUCCCGAUGCCGAAAAACAUAAAGGCUGUGCAGUCGUUUUUAGGAUGAACUGGGUUUUUACGUAAAUUCAUAAGAAACUAUUCGCUAAUCGCCAAACCACUGACCAAUCUGCUGCGAAAAGAUGUCCCAUUUAAAAUAAGUCUGGAGGAGCAGCAGGCGUUCGCUACAUUAAAGGAAGCAUUGGUGAAAGAGCCGGUCUUGAAACUUUAUCGCAGGAAUGCAAAAACCGAGAUACACACUGAUGCGUCAAAGGACGGGUUUGCAGCGGCGUUGUUACAAUGGCACGAAGGACAAUUGCAUCCGAUCUUAUUCUGGAGUAAGAAAACCUCGGAAUCUGAAGCACGACAGCAUAGCUAUAUACAGGAAGCCAAAGCAAUUUUCCUAGCGUGCAAAAAAUUUCGUCAGUACAUACUUGAAACCAACUUUAAGCUCGUAAUGGAUUGCGCUGCUUUCAAGCAAACGUUAAGCAAGAAGGACGUUCCGCGGGAGCUAGCCCAAUGGGUCCUGUACUUGCAGGACUACGACUUUGAAGUGGAACACAGACCAGGAGAACGGCUGAAGCAUGUGGAUUGCCUGAGUAGGUACCCAAUUGAUGUCAUGAUGGUAUCUUCGGAAGUCACAGCAAGAAUUAAGAAAGCCAAGCAGGAGGAUACGAUGAUCAAAGCAGUUUCCGAAAUUUUGAAAAGUAAACCAUAUGACAACUUUAAGUUGAAAGCUGGUCUCGUAUACAAAGUGGUGCAAGGCACGGACUUGCUGGCAAUACCGAAGUCAUUAGAAAAAGAAAUAAUAACCGACGCUCACAACGCAGGACACUUUGCCGCUCAAAAAACAAUGCAUACCGUACAGCAGAGCUAUUGGAUUCCACAUCUGGAAGGAAAAGUAAUGCAGAUCAUAGGAAACUGUAUGAAAUGUAUAAUCUACAACAAAAAGCUUGGCAAAAAA